GCUUGUAUAUGGCGGCGACACCGUUACUAAUAAUGUGUUGCUGUUUUCUUUGACAGUGUUGUUUCUGAAGCAACAGUGUGCUUGAAAUAUUCCGACAGUUAGGAAGAAUGUUCACUUAGUGACUUUCUGGUAUGAGCUCCGAUGAAAUUCGUGCUUCAAACUCGAUAUCUUCGCUUUCAAAUUUGGUCGAUACUCCGAAUGAUUCUGAUGUUGAUGAAUUGGAUCCUUUAGCGCUCGGAGCAUCUGAAGAAGUCAACACUUCCACAAAUGUUGAAACUUUACAACCAGAAGUAUUAGGCCAGCAGAGGAAAACUCCUCUGAAUUCACCCUACAUGUACAACGAAACUUCUAACACGGCGACCGAAAUGAAUUUGAAUGGAAAACGUAACUCGAAGGAUUCAAAGAGUGACGAUUUUGCUAACUUGGACAGUGAUAUGGGUAAUGGCAACGAAAAUGGUACAAGCCCCAAUGUGACUGAUACAAUUAUUUCGACCACAGUAGUUUCCGAAGGGAUUUCGCUGGACUCAGCCCGCGGAAUUGUCGUCAUGGAACAAGUUGCUUUGGAACAAAUAAACGAAUUAAUCGCUAGCGCAUCUCGGAUACAAGAUGACAGCUCUACAAACAAUGAAACAUUCGAAGACUCUCGCGUUAGAACUCAUUUUCGAAGUGAAAAUCAGAAUUCCGACAGUUCUUCGACAGAAUUAGGCAUCACCCGCAAAAACGCCCAACAAAAGUCAUUAGAUUCUUCUGCCGACGCAUCCUUGUCUGAAGAGUUCGAUUUGAGCAGGUUUGAAAAUCUUGAUACAAAAAAAAUUGCCGAAGCACUCACAAAUGAACUAAAAAAGUAUUCUAUCCCUCAAGCUGUUUUUGCACGAAAGGUUUUGAAUCGCUCUCAAGGGACAUUGAGCGAUGUCUUACGAAAACCGAAACCUUGGAAUGAAUUGCGAGGAGGCAGAGAAAUAUUCCGAAAAAUGAAAGAAUGGCUCGAUUUACCAGAAGUGAAAAGAAUUCCACAACUAAGGGCAGAAGCGGCUCUAGAACUUGAUGCUAAAGCCAGGAGUGAAGAAGAGAGUGGCCCACCCAAAAAGAAGACAAGGCUGUACUUUACAGAUUCUCAGAAAAGAGCACUUUUUGCAAUCUUUAAAGAAACUAAGAAGCCUUCAAAAGAGAUGCAGAAUGCCCUUGCAGAAGAACUUGGGCUUGAGAGAGAGACAGUUGCAAACUUCUUUAUGAAUGCAAGACGCAGGCAUCCAGAACUGUAGGCUGAGGUUUCGAAGAAGACUUCUCAAUUUAGUCAUGUGUGUACCAGAAAUGAAGUGAUGGAGAACCCAUCUCUAAUUAUUUACAGUAAAUGUUGGCUGUAACACCAUAUUGGUACUGCAUUAUAUGUACUUAUUACACGACUCGGGCAGUCAGAGGGCCAAUAACUAAAAUCAACCAAUCAAAAUGCUCUACUGCCAGUCC